UACAAUACGAUACAAUACAAUACACCUCUCUCUCUCACGCAAUAAAACCCCGUCAACAAAUGCACCCCAUAAAUGAGAGCUGAUAAUCGUAUCAGUCCCUUGUGCUCGCUCUCUCUCUUCCAUUUUUAAUCUUGGUAGCAUUUUGUUGCUCGUCGGCGUUUCUGCUCGUAACCACAGAACCGAAUAUAUGGCAAACGCUGCGUCUGGAAUGGCUGUGCAUGAUGAUUGCAAGCGGAGGUUCUUGGAACUCAAGGCCAAAAGGACUCACCGCUUUAUAGUCUUUAAAAUUGAAGAGAAGCAGAAGCAGGUUAUUGUUGAAAAAAUUGGCGACCCAUCUCAAAACUACGAGGACUUCGCUGCUACUCUUCCUGCUACUGAAUGCAGAUACGCUGUUUACGACUUUGAUUUUGUUACUGCAGAGAAUUGCCAGAAAAGCAGGAUAUUCUUCAUCGCUUGGUGUCCUGACACUUCUCGUGUUCGAAGCAAGAUGAUUUAUGCCAGCUCAAAGGAUAGAUUCAAGAGGGAGCUGGAUGGAAUUCAAGUGGAAUUGCAAGCAACCGAUCCAACUGAAAUGGAUCUUGACGUUAUCAAGAGUCGCGCAAGCUAAGUAAAAAUCCACAAGCCUUCUGCAACAGUCUUUUGCCUUUGCAAUGACCAUCACUUGAAAACGGUUGUCUAUAGUAUGUGGGGUGGUACAAAUACAAUUGUGUAGUGAUGACUACUCACAAGUACUUGUUGUAGUGUUCUAUUGAUUUUAACUGGAUUUUUGUGUGUCAUAUACUAUGAUGGUAUUUUCCUAGUACUAUUUUUUGGGUGUUCCAUUUGUACACCAAUAUA